AUGGCUGUCGCUGCCGCCUCCGCGGCGCUGGCCCACGGCGAGCCGAACACGCCGGAGGCGGAAGCCUUGCACCAGAUCGGCGCAAUGGAGGCGCUGCUAGCGCGCGCGGACGAACACAUUACAUCCAUCGCCGCCUGCGGCACCCGCGGGGGGCCCACGCGCGCGCAGCUCCCCGCGCUGACGGCGGGCGCGCAGAACGCGCUGGCGGCGCUUGGGGGCGUGGAGCGGGAGUUGCGGUCACUGGCGGAAGAGAUGGCGGAGGGCAAUGAGUGCGCGGUUGGGGCCCGCGAGGAGGGCGGCGGAGGCGGAAGCGAAAGCUUUGCGCAGAGAUUCCGACCGCCACUUGCACCCCUAGUCCCCGUGUGGCAGCAGGUGCAGGCGGCCCUGCAGCAGCUGCACCAGGCGCAUCCAGAGUAA